CCUCCCCGGCGCGGCGGAUCCCCUCUUCUUCCUCCCUCCUUGAAGGGCAUCGACGGGGCUGCCAAGGCCGGCCACAUGUUACCGGAAGCCAGGCGAACGUGUGCGGGACACUUGAAUUAAUUCGCUCCCUUUAUUCCCUCCUCCUCCUCCUCCUCCUUCUCCUCCUCCUCCUCCUCCUUCUUCUUCUUCUUCUUCUUCCGAGGCGGAGAUGCUGGUCUUCUCCCUUUGACUGUGGGGCUGGAUGUGUCCUCCACAAGGCAUAACCACGUGAAUGACAAGUCCAAUGGAGAACCUUCUGCUUUAUCUGAUGGUCCUCUGUGCGGCUGUCAAGCCCCACAAGGUUCAAGUCUGUCCUAAGCGUUGCGUGUGCCAGGUGCUCAACCCCAAUUUGGCCACACUGUGCGACAAAAAGGGGCUCCUGUUCGUGCCCCCCAACAUCGACCGGCACACGGUGGAAAUGCGCCUGGGGGAUAACUUUGUCACCAGCGUCAAGCGCAAGGACUUCGCCAACAUGACCAAGCUGGUGGACCUGACGCUUUCCCGCAACACCAUCGGGACCAUCGUGCCGCACGCCUUUAAGGAUCUGGAGAACCUGCGGGCGCUCCACCUGGACAGCAACCGGCUGACGCGCAUCACCAACGACACCUUCAGCGGCAUGUCCAAGCUGCACCACCUCAUCCUCAACAACAACCAGCUCACCCACAUCCAGAUCGGCGCCUUCAACGACCUGACGGCACUGGAGGAGCUCGACCUGUCCUACAACAACCUGGAAAGCGUUCCCUGGGUGGCCAUCCAGAGAAUGUCCAGCCUCCACACCCUCAACCUGGACCACAACAUGCUCAGCUACAUCCCCGAGGGGACCUUCUCGGGCCUGCAGAAGCUCAAGAGGCUGGACGUGACCUCCAACAAGCUCCAGAAGCUACCCCCCGACCCCAUAUUCCAGAGAGCGGGGGUCCUGGCCACCUCUGGGAUCAUGGAGCCCACGUCGUUCGCGUUGAGCUUCGGCGGGAACCCGCUGCGGUGCAACUGCGAGCUGCUCUGGCUGCGGAGGUUGCGACGCGAGGACGACCUGGAGACCUGCGCUUCGCCUCAACACCUCGCCGGACGCUAUUUCUGGACCGUGUCGGAAGAGGAGUUCCUGUGCGAGCCUCCUCUCAUCACCAGGCACUCUCAGGAGCUGCGGGCCCUGGAGGGUCAGAGCGUGACGCUACGGUGUAAGGCUCGGGGGGACCCGGACCCCAUCAUCCACUGGAUCGCCCCCGACGGACGCCUGAUGUCUAACUCGUCAAGAGCCUCCGUGCACGCCGACGGCACUCUGGACAUCUUCAUCAGUACAGUCAAGGACUCGGGUUCCUUUACUUGCGUGGCGUCCAACCCGGCCGGCGAAGCCCAGCAGAAGGUGCACCUGGUCAUCGCAAAGCUGCCGCACAUCAUCAACAGCACGGCCGCCGACCAGGAACCCGACCCGGGGUCUUCGGACAUCGCCACGGUGACUAAAACGGGGGCCGAGGCUCCGGGCGGCGGGGUGCCCCCGGGGAACGCCAAGACCGGCCAGGAGAAGAAAGUGGUCAUAGCCGAGGCCACGUCCACCUCGGCCAUGGUCCACUUCAACUUCCAGAGGAACAUUCCCGGCAUCCGCAUGUUUCAGAUCCAGUACAACGGGACCUACGAUGACUCGCUGGUGUACAGAAUGAUCCCGCCGACCAGCGAGAGCAUCCUGGUCAACAACCUGGCGGCGGGGACGCAGUACGACCUGUGCGUGCUGGCCAUAUACGACGACCAGGUCACCUCGUUGACCGCCACCCGGGUCAUCGGCUGCGUUCACUUCACCACCGAGCCGCAGUACCUGAGGUGCCAUUUCAUGCAGUCUCAGUUCCUGGGCGGGACCAUUGUGGUCAUCAUCGGAGGGAUUAUCGUGGCCUCGGUGCUGGCGUUUAUCAUUUUUCUCAUUGUGCGCUACCGGGUGUGCAACCAGGGAGACGCAGAUAAGGCUCUGGAGAUGGGCGACAUUUGUGCCCUGAGCAGCGACGGUCAACUUCAGGGCUGCGGACUCCCCAAAUCUCUGUCCAAGCAGAUCUUGCGUCCGGAGAAGAACGACAAGGAGUGUCUGCGAGUCGCUCUACCGGCCCUGGAGCCGGCCAAGCAGCGUGCGCCCGCCGUGAUCGGCGCCGCCAAACCCUCCCUACCCGACUGCACCGUGUCCACCUCGGCCGCCAGCCACAGUUGGCACCCGGCUUCCCCGGGCGCCUCAAGGGUAAAGCGUGCCGUCGCCCUGUCGAAAACCUCAGACGUCUGGCGGGCCGAGGCGCAAGCGGACGUCGAACUCAACAACGUCAACCGCAAUAACUCCUCAGAGGCGAAGAUGCCGCCCGUGGUACCCCGCGGCCAACCGGCCAAAUGGACUGCAGCUCCCAGGGUCCCGCGGGCGCGGCAGGCCCCUCGCCAGUACAUGACCGUACCCGCGGGGGGCGUCAGGGUCAACCGCAGACACUCCCUCAACGCGGACUCGUCCAGGGAGCGCUUGUACGUGGCCUACCCCAAAACGGGGGCCAGCCUGCGCUCCAAGCGAAGCCUGUCCAUGAGCGGCGAGCUACCGCAACUUCACAGCGCCACAAACAUUCAGCGGGCCCGCGCCAAGCUGUGCCACUCCGAAUGGCUCCUGGAGAGCACCUUAUGAUUCGGAGUUUACCGACUUAUUUUUGCUGAACUGGAUUUGCGGCUUGCCCGCCCGCCGAAGAACCGCCCGGCUCGUUGGCAGCGGUGGCGCUCGGCCGCUCGAGGGGGUUUGAAGGUCCGCCUCGCAAAUCAAAGGGAAUACAAGCGGGUUUACGGAGCCGCCUUUUGUUUUCUACGCUAUAACCAAUCGACGUGUUCUUCACAAGCGGACCACGAGAAGCACAACGUGUAUAAAACGAGCUGCUGUACAAAUGUUUUCCAAAGCGUAUAUCUCAAGGAGACUACGGAAGCCGUUGAAGCAUUUAUUACAUAUCCUUGACAUCCAGCUUAAAGUCCAUGUACUAGUGUUCUCUUUGUUGUCAUUAGUAGUACAAAUUUGGCAUACUAGUAGGACAACUAAAUGUAAGUAGUAAGGCAAAAACUGAAAAUUAGUGUGCUACUAGUCACAUAAAAUUCUACUGGUAAACACCUAGGGCUUCAGUAGUUUUCCUAGUAGCACACAGAUGUCAACUAGUGCACAAUUUUACCUCGCUGGUAGCAUGUAGUUGUCAUAAGAGUAUAAAAUGUCAUGUAGUAGUGGAAAAAAAACAAAAACAUUACUAGUAAGACAGUCUUUCUAUUAGUGUGCUGAAUUGUCUUACUAAUGAGGACAAUGAGCGUACUAGUACACGGACCUGAAGCUGGAGAGCAAGGAUAUGGAAUCAAUUCCCAAACGGCUUUCCAUCGGCGACCCUUAUUGUCAUUCCGAACGCAGUAACCCGGACACUCUGUACGAUAAAGACAGACGAGGACUCGCCUCUGAGUGACCUUGGCGCCGUUUUCUUUUUUGUGCGUGUGAAGAUAAUGAAUGUGCUUUUACAUCCCAGACGCAGCACAAUGCAGCAUUUCUUUUGUUGUUGUUGUUGUUGUUGUUGUUGUUUUGGUGGCACAAAGUUGACUCAGGCUGAUACUGCCCUCCGGUUUGAAUCAAUCAAAUCACUUUUAUCGCAUAAUGACGUAAAGACCCGACAAGCACGGUGACAUUACGCCGAGAUGGGUUCCGGAUGAAUGAAGACAUUUCGAUGCUUCCCUCCAACACCCCCACUGAUUCUUUUUUUCUUUCUGAACGUAUUACCACGCUGCUGUAAAUGAACUUGUAAGAGGAACAAGCAGAAGUGGGAAUCGGGAGAGGGUGUGAGCUCUUGAUUUUGCUGUUGUUUCUGUUUGAUGUUUAACAGUAUAAAUAAAGCAGUGAUACAAGGGACAUUUCACACGGGAUGUCCAG